AUGCUGGAGUCUAGUUGCCUUUGCGGUACGAAUCGCCUCACUUUUGACGGCGACAUAAUUGUGCGGAUGCGAUGCCAUUGCAUCGACUGCCGUAAAUUUUCCGGUUCUACGAAUACCAACAACAUACUUCUACCCAUUGCUGGGUUAAAGAUUCUUCAGGGAACACUCAGAACUUACGCCAAAGAAGCCGAGACUGGCAAUACUAUGACAAGCUACUUCUGCGGAAACUGCGGCUCAACCCUCUAUCGCAGGUCAAGUUUUAACGAUGAAGUGGCUGCAGUAAUGAUUGGCGGGAUUGACGGUCUACAAACUAUAGAAAAUGGCAGAGCAGAUGUCGAACUUUAUGUGAAGAACCGCCCGAGUUGGAUGGCGGCAAUUCAAGAAGCACAACAAGAGCAGGGCACUUGGCUGCCAAAGCACUAG